AUGGGAUUUGAGAGUGACGCUCAGCAGAUUACUCCGGGUUCCAACGAGAGCAGCCACUCCACCGAAUGGGAUUUCACCCUGCCUCGUCUUCCUUUCUUGAAGAUACUCACGGAAGACGACUUCAGUCCCGACAGCCUUGCCUCAGCUAUCCAGCAUGGUGCUACUGUCCAUCGUCUGCGAGAAUAUCUGAGCAACUAUGACUCGGCGCUCCUCAAGCAAGACAUAAGCGCCAACGUCAUGGGGUUUCCCCUCAUCUUCUAUGCCGUUGAGUCAAAUGACGAGAACAUGGUGCGGCUCUUGAUCGACUAUGGAGCAAGUGCGAAUGCGGUACAUGAGGCCUCGCAGGUACCAUUGCUGGCUUUUGCAAUCAUGUGUGGGGAGACACUUCAGCUUGACACCACAAACAUGGUCAGCGUCCUUCUCAGCAAAGGAGCUUCCCCUUAUGCUAUUCCUAUGGAAUUAUUCGUCCCAUAUCUUGUGGAGAUAGAGAAGAGAAGAGACCAGAAAGGGAAAAUGCCAGUUGAGGAGCCCUCAGAGGCCGUGCAAGCUGCCUGGUGCUCAGAGGCUACCAGGGAAAGACUCGUGAAGAACAUCAAUCUCACCCAGAGAUACUUUCUCGAAAAGUCUACAAAGCUGAAGCGGCCAUCGACUAGAAGACGCCAGGUGGCCCGGAUCAAGAAUUGCGAAGGCCUGUUGGGCAUUCCGUAUUUCCUGGUUGGCCAAGGUGUUGCCACAGAGCUCCUUACCCAGAGACUGCUCACGCAUCUCUUGAUGCCUACCAAGCGGCCUCUGGUAUUAUGCUUUGCCGGCCCUAGCGGUCACGGCAAGACAGAAUUGGCGCGACAGCUCGGCCAUUUGUUGACGUUGGACCUGGAAGUGGUUGAUUGCACCACCUUCACUCACGAGAUGGAACUGUUUGGCCCACGACGGCCUUACCAUGGGUACGAGAAGGGCUCAGCGGUCAACAACUUUCUCGUGCAGCACGCUGGAAGAAAAUGCAUCGUCUUUCUGGAUGAGUUUGAGAAGACAACCAAGGAAAUCCACCAGACGCUGUUGCUCCCAUUCGACAACGGCGAAUAUCGAGACAGACGCACCGGUGAUAGGAUCGACUGCUCCAAUACCAUCUGGAUCAUGGCUACGAAUGCGCUGGAUGAGACCAUUCUGGACUUUUACGAGCACAACAACGCCAUAGCCGGCGAAGACGUAGACGAGAGGGUUCGACUUGUCAGGAAGCUCAGUCAGCAGCUACGAGAAGCAUUCCUUCAACAAUUCGGCGCAAGACGAAUCUCGGACUUCAUCCCCCUACUGCCGUUCUCCGGUGGCGAACAAGCCGUCAUCACGCACAAGUGCUUGCUGGAGUUGGCUCACGAUCUACGCCAGCCUAUCAAUCUUACAAAGGGUCAUGAGAGGCUGAUUGGGGACAUCCAGCUGCAAAUUCGCAAAGAUGGUACAUUAUGCUCGAUUUUGGCGAAGAAGCACUACAACAGUAGGCUGGGAGCGCGUAGUCUCCAGACGGGCGCAGAAACAGUGAAGAGGAUUGUCCUUGACGCCUAUCUUGACGAUGACGAGGAGAUCAAUGAAAGGCAGUGUCUGAGGGGCGCUGUGAUUGACGUGGAUGGGAAUGACAUUGUUGGCAAGAUCCUUCCCCCGGCUAAGACGAAUGGUAAGGCAUGA